AUUACCAGAAUGAAUCAACAUACUAGUAUCGGUGCGAUACAACCGGACCAAAGGAUCACCUUGUCAUGGAGCAACAUCAACGUGACCUUUACACCAAGCGCCGGGCUGUUGGACAAGGUGAGAGGGCGCCCUCCGCCUACAUCAACACGUAUAUUGAAAGAGGUUUCUGGUGUUGCAAAACCUGGAAGGCUCAUGGCAUUGAUGGGUGCAAGUGGCGCAGGAAAAACGACCUUGCUGAACGUACUGACCAAUCGUGGUAUCUCUGGCUUGGAGGCGACAGGGAAUGUACUCCUCAACGGGCAACGCAUGAGUGAGUUGGGCCCAACAUUGAACGAAUUGAUCGGCUAUGUUCAGCAACACGAUAUUCUCCCGCCAACCCUGACUGUCAGAGAGUAUCUCAUGUUUACGGGUACGAUGACCAUGUACAAGCGACUCACAUCUAACGAGAUCUACGACAAGGUGGACGAACUACUCACACAGUUUUCCAUGCUAGAUUGUGCAGACAGUCUGAUUGAUGUCGGUACGUCACGUAUAUCCGGGAGUGAACGUAAACGGCUGUCUGUGGCCUGCAAGUUAUUCGGUGAGCGACGUCUGUUGUUUCUCGACGAGCCCACCACGGGUCUCGACUCGUUCGUCGCCCAACAUCUCAUCAGGAACCUACGAUCCCUGGCCGAUCUCGGCUACAACAUAGUUUGCACGAUUCAUCAGCCCUCGUCUCAGGUCUUCAAUAUGUUUGACCAGCUCUUCCUUUUGGCGGACGGACGAUGUGUGUAUUUCGGUGAACGAACAAAAGCUGUCCCCUAUUUCUCUAUGUUGGGAUAUACGUGCCCGGACACAUUUUCUCCGGCGGACUAUUUGAUAGACCUCCUGGCCAUUAGACCAGGGAUUGAUGCUGCUUGCUUAGAUAGGGUCGUGCUUAUAGCAAAUGCCUUUGGCGAGAGUGAAAUGGCACGGACUAUAGAGGGUGUCUUGCAAGAUGAGUGUGGACGUGGCGGGAAGAAUAAUGAGAGCCUUCACUUAGAAAGCAGUGUCUCCAAAAGCAAACAGGCACCUUGGAUGUCUCAGUUUAUCUACCUCUUCUGGAGGUGUUCCGUUGGGCUCUGGCGUUAUCCGAUUCUUAUUCUCCUCCGUUUCUUGCUCAUCACAUGCGCAUGCGUGUUGCUGAUGGUGAUAUAUUUUCAUCCUGAGGAUACAUACACGGAGUCACGUGCCAAUGGAAUUCAGGGACUACUUUUCUUCAUGUCUUCCUUCUUCAUCAUCUUCAACUCGCUCCUCAUUCUUUCCGUUUUACCCGGAGAUCUCCCUCUGGUUGUUCGAGAGUAUCGGGACGGACUUUACCAUCUAAGCUCCUAUUACAUUACCGCCUUCCUCGUCCAGAGUAUUAUAGGAUCGUGCUUCAUGAUCGCAUCGACGCUCGCUGUCUACUUCGUCGUCGGUCUAAAGAAAGACCCUCAAACGUUCUUCAUCGCUACGGGUAUCCUCAUCAUCAUCUUCCUCAUCAACGUCGGUUUUGCUGCUCUAGCUUCAGCGAUCUAUGAAACGGCUGGGAAGACAAUGUCGCAAGCUAUUCCUCUCGUCUUCAUAUCAAACGUUCUAGGCGGUUAUUUCUGUCUCUUAGGGUCUAUUCCACGUUAUCUGGACCCCCUGAUGUACAUCAAUUGGCUGCCAUGGGGUUACGAGAUGCUAUCCAUUAACCAAUGGCGAGGCAUUGAACUUGAAUGUGCAAAUACAACAUGUCUGACAGGGGAUGAUGUGCUCUACAAAUGGGGACUGGAAAAGGACGCAUUCAAAAAGGAUUUCAUUCUCAUUACGGGGCAACUUGCUGGAUAUCACAUUGUUGCCUUUACCAUACUAUACUUAAAAAUGAAGUUCAAGUGGUCUGGUUAAAAUCAGUAUAAAAUGUCAAAUCGUAUUAUUGACUAGUGCAAAUGGAAAAGAGAAUACAUGUAGAUAUAUUUGCUGCUUUACAUGUUACCAUGCUGCUUUAAUUUGAAUGUUCGGUGCUGGAAAAGUAGGCCCUGUAUUGUUUUAUCGGUAGACAAUAAAAUCGUGUUAAAAUUACUGUAAAAUAUCGCAAUAUUUUUUUUAUGAAGUUACUGUUAAUGCAUUUUUAGCGAUUAUUGGUCAUUUUAGUGGUGAAACUGGUACUUUAUUGGGAUUUCGUUAAUUAACUUGCGGGCAAUAUCAUGAACAUAUUUUUUAAUAUCAUUUUGUAAAUAAAUUACUAUUAUCUUGUUAUUACUAUUGCUAUUUGCUAAUUUCAUGUCGAUAUGACAGUAUUAUCGUUGUUUUGGCUGCAUAAUAUAUAAGAAAUAUAUGAAGGAAUAAUAUAAAUUCAAUAUAAUGUAGACCAAUUAAAUCCAAAGAACAAAUCAAAUCAAGUUAUUCUUUAUUCAUACGCAAGGUACCAAAUAUGUAGGUACGAUUGUGUGGGUAAAAUCUUCAGCCUCGAUUCUAUUUGUAAAAUCAAAAUUUAAAUUCGGUACAGAGAUGUAUUUCUUCAUGUACGUUUAUUUGUAUGUUAACAUAUCUCAUCUUAUUAAUAUUGUACACAUAAUUAAACUUUAGAUAUUCCCCAUGCGGCCAUGAAUUGUCUAUUUUACUCUUGUAACUUUGUAACAUUUUGGGAAGAAUUCGCAAAAGAGGAAUAAAAAAAACCCAAGCUCUGGGUUUAAACCUCCCUUGAACUAGAUUAAGCUUGUAUAUUGCCCGCUCAUCGGCCAUGGGGACACACGUGUACGGCACGGAGGAUAAAUCUAAUGCAGGGUAUUCCACUGGCACUACUACAGAUCAGAGCCAUAUAUACACAGAGUUUGGCCAACCCGGUUUGAGUUGGACACAAUCUGCUUACAAUGACAGUCCUUGUUCCACAAAUAAUGUUAUAAUGUGUUAUAAUGUUUGAAGAAAUUUAGUUUUUAUGACAGUUUAUCA